UCAGUGUGUAGCGGACAGAAUUGCAGUGCGCACACACUUCCUGAUGGAGCUGCUCCUGCGAAGAAUAAAAAUACUCUCCUAGCAAGCCUGCUAGACGAGUUGUGAAAAAGUUAUGUUUGGUCUGUCAGGUGGAUAGAGAAAGACUAGUUUUAAUAAUGGACGUUAUUAUUCGAUUUUUUCGCACAUGAAUAACAGAAGAUAUCCCCAUGUCCAGAGAGCCGGCGCUGGUGACAAGUCAACUGCGAAGGGUUGAGUUGUUGAAGCUAUUAAGUCCCGUAAGUUACUAGCUGACUUGGGCCAGUAAUGUCUCUGACGUUACCAUCCGCCGAAAUGCUUGAAACACCUCCUGGAUAUCCAUUUGAAGAAAUAAACUAUGAGGAUAUUGAAGUUGAGGAGGUGGUGGGGAGAGGAGCUUUUGGGGUGGUUUGCAAAGCCAAGUGGAAAGGCAAAGAUGUUGCAAUCAAGACCAUUGAGAGUGAAUCAGAAAGGAAAGCCUUUAUUGUUGAGCUCCGGCAGCUUUCACGUGUGAAUCACCCCAACAUUGUGAAAUUGUAUGGCUCUUGCAAUAAUCCAGUCUGCCUUGUGAUGGAAUAUGCUGAAGGAGGGUCAUUGUACAACGUGCUGCAUGGUGCUGAACCCCUCCCCUAUUACACUGCUUCCCAUGCCAUGAGCUGGUGUUUACAGUGUUCCCAGGGCGUGGCCUAUCUCCAUGGCAUGAAACCAAAGGCUCUCAUUCACAGGGACCUCAAGCCACCCAAUCUACUUCUAGUGGCAGGCGGCACCGUGCUCAAGAUAUGUGACUUUGGAACAGCAUGUGACAUUCAGACCCACAUGACCAACAACAAAGGAAGUGCAGCAUGGAUGGCCCCGGAGGUAUUCGAAGGCAGCAAUUACAGCGAGAAGUGUGAUGUGUUCAGCUGGGGGAUCAUUCUCUGGGAGGUGAUCACGCGCAGGAAGCCCUUUGAUGAAAUUGGAGGACCAGCUUUCCGCAUUAUGUGGGCUGUGCACAAUGGUACAAGGCCACCUUUAAUCAAAAAUUUACCCAAGCCCAUUGAGAGCCUGAUGACUCGCUGCUGGUCUAAAGACCCCUCUCAGCGGCCUUCCAUGGAGGAGAUAGUGAAGAUCAUGACUCAUCUAAUGAGGUACUUCCCAGGAUUUGAUGAACCCCUGCAAUAUCCAUACCAGUAUUCAGAUGAGGGACAGAGCAAUUCUGCAACAAGUACAGGUUCAUAUGUGGACUACACUGGCACCAGCACAAGCAACAAAAGUGAUGCAAACAUGGAGCACAGUGAUUCUCAAGGGAGCAACGACACUAUCAAGAUUACGCCUCAGUUUGCACCUCACUUCAAGCCAAAGGGAGACCCGUUAAGGACUCUGCCUCUGUCCAGAGGGGGCAGCGUUGAGAGUCUGCCUGCACGAACACAGUGCCUGGCAUCUUCAGACAGCAAAAGAAUGAGCGCUGACCUGUCAGAGCUGGAGCCCAAGAUGCCAUUUGCACCUACAGCACGCCCCCAGUAUAAACGAGGCCACCGUAAAACAGCAUCAUUCGGCACCAUUCUGGAUGUUCCCAAGAUCGUCGUCACAGCCACAUGUGAGCCUCAGAGACGUCGGUCUGUGCAGGAUCUGCCGGGCAUUGGCACAGAGUCCAGCCAGGGGAGCAGGAACAGCAGCCGGUCCUCCAGUCCUAGUGUGAGGAUGAUGCCACCUGAUAAGACAAGCAGUAGAAGCUACUUCCCUGAUGACCCCUCAGACACCAACGGCUCAGACAACUCCAUUCCCAUGGCUUAUCUGACCCUGGAUCACCAGCUACAGCCCCUCGCUCCUUGUCCAAACUCCAAAGAGUCCAUGGCCGUGUUUGAGCAGCACUGCAAAAUGGCCCAAGAAUACCUGAAAGUGCAAACAGAGAUCGCCCUGCUGAUCCAGAGAAAGAAGGAGCUCAUCGCUGAACUGGACCAAGACGAGAAGGACCAGCAGAAUACGUCCCGUCUGGUGCAGGAGCACAAAAAGCUCCUGGAGGAGAACAAGAGUCUGUCCACGUACUACCAGAAGUGCAAAAAACAGCUGGAGCUGAUCCGGGUCCAGCAACAGAAGAGACAGGGCACGUCGUGAUGAGACUCCCCAUCACAGACACAUGAACUGCUACCAUCCCCUCCUCUCCCCCACCUCACACCUGCACUAUAACACUACCCACUCUCAAGCUCUGCUCCAUCUCCCCCUCCCCACCCCAAUACACACACACACACACACACACACACACACACACACACAGUCCAGCUUUGUAAAGAGACCUGCAUUCUACUGUGUCCUGCAUGUUGCAUUGUAGACCCCAUGACGUCCUCUGUAGAUAUAUUUGCACAUCUUCACAGAGUAUUCUGUGACCGCAGACCAAACAAUCACUGCCCCCUACCCCCAGACCCUGCUGCCGUGCUUCAGGACGGACCUUUCCUUCUGCAGACUUCAGCGGUGUGUGUGGGCGGAGUGCGAUGGCAGGCCGGUGAGGGUGGGUCGUGUGUUUCUACAUGUUGCUCUCAGGGCCUCUGGGCUGCCUGGUCAGUGCAUGUCCACUCCUCAGCGUCCUCCGGUUGGACCGCUUCACCCUCUCAGCGGCCACACCGGCCUCCAGAAUGUGAAAAAAAAAAACAAAACAAAAACAUGACGGCUCUUGAGCAAAAAGUGUGAAUCAUAUGCAGAAUUUUGAGAGGAUGUUUGGAACUACAGCGCGUGUGGAAUCCCUGUUAUGCAAAACACACACACACCCAUAAAUUCAUGUAUUUAUCUCUAACCUCCCCCUUUUUCUAAACACGAGCAUGAGACCGCACCUGUUUACUUCCUCAAGGUGUUUGAUGUAUUCAGUUGAGAGAGGGAUAUACCCUUGAUCCUCCAUCACAGUGAAAGGAAUCGCUCGGGGGUUUGUGUAAACCCGGAUGCAGCGUUAAUGAUCUGCUCCUCAUGCUCUUAAAAAAAACACACACACAACUAGUUUCCAGAGCAAAUAACGGGAGCAGAGGAUUCCCUAUAAGAAACUUUUUAUUUUGACUUCAGUAUUGUUUUGCGUGUAGAUGUUUUUGUCUUUUCUAUUCAGUAGUUCACUUUGUAUGAUAGCUGUUUGUGUCAUUUUGCAUUAGGACAUAUUUUCUCUGGUAUGGGAAUGCCCGUGCAGAUGAAAUAGAGGAGCCUAUACCUCUCUAUACAGUAUGUAGUUUGUUUUUAGUUCACAUGUUGCCUUAGAAGUUGCCUGCAUUUUAAGUGCUUGACUUGUUUUAUGUGACAUUUAGCGGGGAUAAAGGCUUAAAAAAAACAACAAAAAAAAAAAAGAUAUUUUUAUUGUAACAGACAUUGAAUGAAUUUGAAUUCUUCUUUCCAGUUGGGAGUGAGAAGGAUGUAUGUCGGUAAGCUGAUCAUGUAAAUGUUUCCCUCAAGCUUUACAUCCAAAACAAUGACAAAAAGAAGGAUUGGAUGUGAUGUGUGUUUUUUUUUUUUUUUUUUUUUUUUUCUUGAUCUCAUAUCCCUCAAGUAUUUUUGCACAAUCACUUUGUUUUGUCUGGUCAUGUACAAAUUUUAUCUCAUUUAAGCAAUUCUGUUUUUAAAAGUGGAAGACAUGAUGAGUCAAACUUUUAAAUGUGUUACUGUACAGGAGUUGAAUGUUCAGCGGUUCCCCUCCUGAGUUUUUGUUCACUAAGAAUUCAUUUACCAAACUCACCACACUGUUUGAGUGUUUCCUAAGCUAUUGGGAAAUGAGGUACAGUAGAAGACAGUGAGCAAGGCAUUAUGAAUAAACUGAAUGGUGAAAGAUGAA